GUUUGGAAAAGAUCGGUCCCAUACUCCCCAGAGAAAAGCACACAAUUCAUCACAGAUCAAUGUUGCGAGACAUGAGCGACGAAGAUGUACCUCCACUGGAAGAUAUGACCGAGGAAGUCGCUCGGAUGGAGAAGGUGCGACAACGAUCAGCAGUACCCGAGCGAAGCGAUCCUACGGCAAACGAGGAAUUCUUGAUCGAGGUUGCCAAGCCGGAGGUCGAGCACCUCGCAUCACAGGUUAAACCAAAAACACAACAAUCGAAAACACAACCGACCAAGACUGAUAAAUCGUUCGGGGGGUUGAAGAAGGGAUUCUUCUCCUCUUCACCACGGUCUGGAGCAAGCAGAGCGGCGGACCCUCCGCGACCGAAUAUUCCAGUCAUCAAACCUAAGGCGCCUGCAGCAGAUGGGUUGCGAUUUGACGAGGUUCAGCAGGCGAUGCGGAGUCAGAUGUCUAUGUUGGACAAGCAAGAGUGGCUUACACCAGCGUUUCUUGAACGCAUUGAGAAGUCGCCUCAUCUCGCCCGCGCGUUAGCCGACCCGGCCUUCCAACAGGCUGCUGCGGAGAUGUCAAAAAAUCCUCAAGCAGCUUUCAAGAAAUAUGCAGUCCAACGGCCAGAUCUGUUGCAGGCUUUGAGGGAGUUUGCAGGAAUGUUGGGCGAGUCUUUGACGAGUAUCGCUGAGACACAGGAUGCGAGGCAGUAAUGGAAAGGAGAUCUCGGCAUACAGCGGGUAAUCUGUAGAUAGUCAGAAGCGAGGUCGUUAUUGAAGUAAUGUAGGGGCUCCUUCCGGUUCUGGAGUAGGAAUGAAGAUGCAUCAAGGCAGACAUCGAGCUAUUGCAGAGUGAAGAGUGGUUGGACCUCGAGACCGAAGCAAUGCCAGGACACGGCGUUG